AUGAACAUGACCAUAUACCUGGAACUGUACCUAAAGAACAAGAACCGAAAGCAAAGAAAUUAAUUAGUUUUCGCCAGCUCGUGAAAAUAUAUUGGAUAUCGAACAUUUAAAGGUCGAAGCAAGUUUCGAAUGCAUUGCGAAAGUUUUGUUGGUCUCCGCUUGACAGAUGGAGGAAAGUCUUUUUGGAUCAUCGCCGGUGGAUCUAUUUCCACGAGCCCUCCCUAAAAAACCUUCAGAGAAAUCUGGUCCAAGACAGCAAAGAAAGCUGUCUGUGAGAGAGAUAAAAAUCCAGCGAUCUGAAGAUGGCGUCAUGUACGCAGCACGUACGAGUCAUUCUCAUGCUAAGGCAUUAUGGAAGACAGCCUUCAGUUUAAUUUCUUCUCGUGGUGACCCAUGGGAAAAAUUUCACUUGCAAGAACUUCCAGAAGAAAUAGCAAAGCGUUAUCGUUACAACGCCAUUAAAGGCAAGUGGGUAGAAGACAUUGUACGCAUAAAAAUCGAGAAUACACCAUUUAAUCGAGGUGCUAUGAGAGAAUGUUUUCGUGCAAAGAAAUUGUCUAAUUUUUCACAUUGCUCUGAAUGGUCCCAUGCAUCCAAUCAUGUUGCUAAACGUUAUAUUGAUAAGGUUGACGCUCAUGUGUAUUUCGAUGAUGUUCGUUUACAAAUGGAUGCUAAACUUUGGGGUGAAGAGUUUAGUCGUCAACCAUCUGUACCAAAAAAGGUUGAUAUUGCACAAAUGUGCGUUUUGGAGUUUAUUGAUCGACCUGAGAAACCUUUAUAUCACUUGGAGCAUUUUAUCGAAGGAACUUAUCGAAAAUAUAAUUCAAAUUCAGGAUUUGUAGAUGAUUUAUCACGAAACACUCCUCAGGCUUUUAGUCAUUUCACAUUUGAACGUAGUGGUCAUCGUUUAAUUGUUGUUGAUAUACAAGGUGUUGGUAAUCUAUGGACUGAUCCACAAAUUCAUACAUUCAAUAGUAAAUCUUAUGGGGAUGGAAAUUUAGGUAUUCGUGGAAUGGCAUUAUUUUUCUAUACACAUCGAUGUAAUCCAUUAUGUUUAGCAUUAGCAUUAAGCGCAUUUGAUUUACCAAUGAAUGAUAAACUAUCUGUACCAUUUAGUCAAUUAUCUAUGAAAGAGAACGAUAAUCAAAUUGAAGAAGAUUCAAAUGCAAUCAGUAGUAAUAAUAAUAAUAAUAAUAUGGAAUUCAGUGGUACAAUAGCUAUUCCAGCUUCUCGUCGUAAUCGAUAUGGUGUUCGUCGUUUAAUUUCUGAAAAUUAUGAUUCAAAUAAUAUGACUACUGAAAUUAGCGGGGAUUUUGUAAAUCCAGUUGAUUUUACCGAAUCUCAUAGUGUACCAUCGCCUAAAUUACCAUUUCUACCUUUAACAUCUCCAGUGUUACAUCGAAAUGAUGAUUACAUGUCAAAUAAUGAUCAAAUAAUCAAUAAUCAUCAUCAUAAUACUACUACAAAUGGCAUUGUUACGCAUGAUAAAUACAAUAUCAAAUAUAAUUCUACUACUUCUACUACUUCUAAUAAUACUACUGAUAAUACUACUGAUAAUAAUAAUAACAAUGCAUAUACUCGUAAUAAUCAUUCCACAGAUGAUUUAAUAUUUGGUCCAAUGUCAUUGCAUAAUAAUUCAUAUGAUUCCGGUAUAAGUUUCAAUGAUUCAUCCUAUGGUGGUGGUAGUGGUGGUGCUGGUGGUACUAAUCAUGUAUUGAAAACACAACAAAGUAUGCUUAGUGAUACUGAUUGUAAUACAGAUUUAAAUCAGUCCAAUGAUGGUCAUUUGCAUUCUUCUUGUGAACAUUCACAACAACAUUGUAAAGUAGUAGUAGUAGAUCAAUUGAAUUCUCAAGUCAAUUCUAAUGAUAGUUCACAACAGCUUUGUAAAGUAAGUUCUUCUUUGUUUUAUAUUUUUCAAUUGUUUCUUGUCAUUUGUGGACAUCUAUUACUUUUAGUUGUAUUAGUAUUAUGA